CAUUUGUCUAAUAUACUCUCCAAAGAUUUGGCUUUUGUUGUUGUUACUGAAAUAUGUUCUUUUAGAUUUAUUAUAAAUCCAUUCCCUAUAUGGAUCUUAGAGAAAGAACAUACAUAGUUUAGUUUAGGAAAAGUCUAAUAAACUGAGUUGUAAGGAAGUAGUUAAUGCAUUUAUUUUAUUUAGGUAAUUUUCCAAGUUUGCUACAUAAUAUGUAGGUGGCUAUCUAACAAAGACUUGAUAGUAGUCAUGAGUAUUAAUAGCAGAGAUAUACAAAUUAAUAAAUGAGUAGCUUAAGGCUAGUAUUUAAUUAUAGUUAUUUUGGCAGUUACAGGUGGAAUUUGAGAGAAUAGCAUCAGAGUGUUCCAGAGUAAAGUAAUAGAUUAAAAGUGCUUUAUGAUUGUCUGAAUAAAGAGAGAUAGGGUAAUAAAGGAGAAAAUAUCCAAAGUCUUAAGGGCAGCUGAAAAGAAGAAAAACAAAAUUGUAAUGCAUGAGCAUGUACCUACACACAUAAACACUCACACGGACACACACACACAGACACACAUACACACACCCUACAUACCACACACCACACAAAGAGGAGGAAGCCUAUAACUAUCUCCCUGUGCAGAGGAAAACCAAAAGCCAUGAGCAUAAGGGAAGCCUGGAACAUGUAGGCAUCCUUGGGGACAACUAGACACAGGAGAAACCUACAGUUUUCAGAAGGCUUAAAUCCAGUUGAACAUUCCUUGUCUGAAAAUAACUUCUUCAUAACAGACUAACAUUGGAGAAGAAACCAGUUACAUUACUCCCUUUACCUUGAAGUGCUAUACUGUUGGGGGACCAGCCCCAACCUUUUUUCCCCCUGGUACUCUUGAGGAGUGAGGGAUAAGAGAUUAAGAUAGAAGGAUAGAGGGGAGAGAAAAAUACAGAAACACAGGAUAGCCUUGGGAGGGCCCAGAACUUUAUUCAAAAGGACUUUUUAUAACAAUGCCAAGGGGUGAGACAAAAGACCUCCCCCUUGCUAGAUACAGCUAGAUGUAGACCCUUCCAAACACCUGGUACCCAAGCCUGUGGUCCAAUCAUCUUCUAAUGCAGCCCUGCUUUUGAAGCAAGCUCAAAUCUCAAUAGGAAACCUCUGUGGGCUCCCACAGGUCCCUCUUAAUAUUUUAAAACUCAAGUGAGGGUACAGAGCUUAAUUCUGAAUCCACUAGGAGCUUGCAAGUAGCUGGAAUUACCACAGCAUUACUCCUGCUCCCUAGGGCUGCCACAUCUCCCAAUAAAGGAGUAGAGGAUGAUAAAAAUGGAAUAUCCUUGUUGAAUGGGUCUCAGAUGUCUAUAGAAGUCUUAGCUGCACCAAGCACUUUUUUAAAUCAAUAAACUUCUGAUGCAACCACAUCAAAUAAACUCCAGAUGCAACUGCAUCAAACUUAAAGACUCCCUUAGCUUCACCAAACAUUAACAGGUUAACAUAAUUCUAACAUAAAUAUUACUGUACAUAAUUACAGUUCUCUCAAACUUACAUCCAAAAGCAAACUCUUAAUAGAACCAUUAACACUUUAAAGACUUUAGCAAAAAUACACUUUAAAGCAAUCUCUUAAUAGAAUCAUUUGCAUUUCUUGUGAAUAAAACAUAGGAUAAACUUCUGAUGCAUCCACAUCAAAGUUAAAUAAGCUCCCUUAGCUUCACCAAACCAUGGUGCAUCAAUAUCAACAGAUUUACAUAAUAACUCUAACGUAAAUAUUACUAUACACAAUUACAAUUCCUACAAACCUACAUCCAAAAGCAAUACUCUCAAUAUAAUCAUUAGCACUUUAAAAAAUUUAGCAAAAAUCCAAAAGCAGUUUCUUAAUAGAACUAUACAAAACAUAGGGUAUAUUAACACAAUUUAACAUCAUUCCAUUUAAGGGACAAGAAAAUAUUUUUUUUUAAUUAAAUUAAAUAGGCUGGAAUAUUAACUUCCCUUUUUCCUUAUAGUUUUUUUUUAAGUUGCAUUUUGAGCUUGAGAAAAGAAACCCCAAACUUCUCUGUUUAGACAGUUCCAUUUUUAACACAAAGCAGUUCAUGAAUCACCACAGUUAAUAGAGCCUAUAUGUGUAAGUAAAGUCAAAAUUGUCCCAUUACUAUGGCAUCACUCCUAUCCGUCUCAUUUCUUAAGCCUGAGAAGUUCAAAAAAUAAAUUCUUUUAAAUAUGAAGAAACCCAUAACCAAAAUCUUUUUGCAGUUAACAAUUCUAGUUCAAACAAGUGUCUCUGAAACUUUCGUUCUUGGCCACAGAGGCAUUUUCAGUUACAGCAUCAGUUUACGGCCAGUCUUUCUUGAGGAACCUUGCCUCAGGACAAAAGCUAUUAACUGGCUGAGGCAGAGUCCUUUCAAAAGAUUCUUUUCUUACAACUAGCAAAUAGAAACUGCAAGGCUUUUGGCUCCUGGCUUUCACAGCUUUCACUGUCACAAUCUGUGCCUCCGGUAAACUGGCAGUUUCCAGGAUCCCUGUGUCCUGAGGCCCCGAGGGCUUUCAAUCACCUCACACCACUCGGGCUCAAGAGGCUGCCCCUGCUAUGAUCCGCAACUCUCAGCACACAGGAUCCGGGAGGAAACCCAGCCUUGGCCAGUCAUGGCUGCUGCACUCUGGCUGCAUUACCUGCUUUGUUGGGAGUCCUCCAAGAAUGCUGUCCUGCUUGCACAGCUGAAUGCUGCCCCCAGGGUGACUCCAUGGUUCCAGCCACACCCUACUGCUGGGAGCUCGGGCUGGCCUAGAUUCUAGCAUCUCUGCCAUUCUGCCUGAAGCACAGUUCUCACCUCUACAGCUCCCUGGGCUCUAGCGCAUCUUAGCUGCUCAUUUGGCUUCGACAUCUCUGUUCGGCACUCUCCAGGGUCUACUCUCUCUGCUGCACUCCAAGCUGCUCGCUGUUCACCUUUCUCUCAGUGUGGCAUUUCUGCUUGUCUCACCAUGGUUUUUUCACCACAGAAAGCUUGCAGAACCUUGCUUGUGCUGGCUCUUGGGCAUCUGCCACCUGUGCUGCGCUGAUGCUCUGUGGGUCUCAGCUGCAGAUGCCUGGCUGUUGCGGCUUGUGCUGGCUCUGGUGUCCGCCAUUGUUGGUGGCUUCUGGAGCUUCUGAAGCCGCUCAGACUGCUAAGUUUACAGUCUGCCGUGGAUGCUGCUUUCUGCGUUCCAGGUUCUGCUUGUACUCAGAGGUGGAAAAACUACUCUAAGUUUCUACUAUACCUAAGUCUUAUUCUACCCUAAUAUACCUAAGCCUAAACAAUAUCCUUAUGCUUAUAGCUUAUUCUACACUAAUAUACCUAAGCCUACAUUUCUAUGACUUACUUAUACUAACAUUUUAAAACCUAAUUUUAGUAGAGAUUUGAGAGAAGAGAAAAAGAGAAACUUCGAAAGAGAUAUACGCUGCAGCCUCACUUGGGUAUCUUUCAGCCACUUUACUUUCACUCUCGAGAAUAACAUACUGUCACCUUUAUUUUUUCAAUUCCUUAUCAUCAUGCCUUCUUAUACCCUCGACGCCCCCUCUACUUUUGCCAAGUCCGUGGUCCCUGUUUAGGCACCAUUUGUGGGGGACCUGUCCAUAUCUUUUCCCCCAGGUUACUCUUGAGUGAGGGAUAAGAGAUUCAGAUAGAAGGAUAGUGGAAAGAGAAAAAAAGAAACACAAGAUAGCCUCAGGAGGGCCUGGAUCCUUAUCCACUGCCUUUUCAUAACAGUGCCAUGGAGUGAGGCAAAAGACCUCCCCCUUGUUAGAUAUUGCCAAGUGUAGACCCUUCCAAACACCUGAUAUCCAGGUCUGUGAUCUAAUCAUCCUCUUAAGCAGUCCUGCUGGUAAAGCAAGCUCAGAUCUCACUAGGAAACCUUUGUGGGCUCCUACACUAUAUGCAGACUCCAGCUUGAAAGGGGAACUUGAGAGGGCACUCAUUCAGUUUUUGAGACUGAGCUAUACUGUAGACAUGAAAUCAAAUAAUCACAAAUCACAGAGAAUGUAGACAUGCUAUCACCAUUAUUAAUUUAGCAUACCAGAAGACCUUUUAAGAUAAAGAUUUAGUGUGUGUCUUCCAAUAAGAAUCCUAAAUAUAAUUGCUUUUAACUUUAAAGCAGAUGGCCAGAAUGGAAUAACAACUAAGAUCUUGUUGUUUGCUGUCUGCAGCAUCUCCUCACUGGCAGAGAUUCCCAGGAAAUGAAUACCCUGACCAAGUUCUGUUCAGAAACCAAAGCAAGAAAUGUGUGGCAAGUUGUAUUUGACCGUGAUACAUCAAAGGAGUUGACUAGAGUAGGGAAGGCAUUCAAUGUGAGUGCAAACCAUGUUUCAAAUGAGAAUAUAAAGAAUGAGAACCCACUAGGAAUGAGUCCUAGAAAGCUUAUUCUGUGGAAGAAUGUGUAUAUUCAUAGUGAUGCUGAUGAGCUAGAAGUUGGAGAAGAACCUGAUGAUCUUAUUGGAACUGUAAAAUCCAUCAAAUAUCCAGAGCAUGUUAGUCUCUACAAGUCUCAAAGUUCACAAAGUUAUUUUCGAAGUCUUAUACCAGGGAAAUCUUUCAACACAAAAGCAGUGUUACUGACUCAUAAGUUCAGUGAAUAUGCAAAAUCUUUAGGUGAUACAGCAUUUAUUGGCAAAGAGAUGGCUCAGAUAAGGGAGAAAUCUUUUGAAUGUGAUAUAUCAGAGAUAAAAUGUAACAAGUCUGACCUUGAUGAAAAUGAGCAAAUACACUUUGGAGAGAAACAUUUCAAAUGUAGUGACUUUGAGAACCCUUUCAUUACUGAAUCAUAUCUUCUAAAACAUAAGGGACAACAUGCAGGAGAAAAGCUCUUUGUUCAGGAGGAAUAUGAGUUUUCUCAGCAGUCAGAAGAGAGUCUCCAUCAGAAAAUCCACAGAGGGAAAAAGUCCUAUGAAUGUAAAAUAUGUGGAAAGUGCUUUCAUUGGAAAACGAGCUUCAACAGACAUCAUAGUACUCACACUGGUGAGAAGCCCUAUGAAUGUAAGGAAUGUAGGAAAGCUUUCUGCCAAAAGUCACACCUCACUCAGCAUCAGAGAGUUCAUACAGGUGAGAGACCAUAUAUAUGUCUAGAAUGCAGGAAAGCUUUCUAUCGUAAGUCAGAGCUCACUGACCAUCAGAGAAUUCAUACAGGCGAGAAGCCGUAUGAAUGUAAGGAAUGUGGGAAAGCUUUUUGCCAAAAGCCCCAACUCACUCUACAUCAGAGAAUUCAUACAGGUGAAAAGCCCUAUGAGUGUGCAGAAUGUGGGAAAGCCUUUUCCACCAAGUCCUAUUUAACUGUACAUCAGAGAACUCACACAGGUGAGAAACCUUAUGAAUGUACAGUAUGCAGGAAGUCGUUUAUUUGUAAGUCGAGUUUCAGUCAUCAUUGGAGAACUCAUACUGGUGAAAAACCCUAUGAAUGCAAGCAAUGUAUGAAGACGUUCUACCGCAAGUCAGGCCUGACUCGACACCAGAGAACUCACACAGGUGACAAACCCUAUGAAUGUCAAUUAUGUGAGAAAGCUUUUUAUUGCACUUCACACCUCACUGUACACCAGAGAACUCAUACAGGUGAGAAACCCUAUGAAUGUAAAGAAUGUAGGAAAUCUUUCUAUGAUAAGUCAAAUCUUAGACGACAUCAGAAGAUUCAUACUAUGGAGAAAGCCUGUGAAUGCAAACAGUGCAAUAAAUCUUUGCUGAGUAACACAUCUCAACAUCAGACAAUGUACUAUGAAUAUGAAGAGUGCAAGAAAGCUUUCCAACAUAAAAUAAACUUUACUUAAACAUGUAACACUUCUUAUAGGUAAGGGAACCUGUGAAUGUAAAGAACAUUGGGAAACAUUUACCCACAAGUCAGAUCUUACUGUACAUAGGAGUACCCACAUGAGAGAUUAAACUGUAUGAAUAAACAGUGAAAGAAAACUUUGAUUUAUGCUUGUUUAUCAGAGAACUCACAAUUGACUAUGGCAAGUAAUUUUGCUAGGUACAUAAAAGUGAUGGCUUUUAAACCAACAUAAACAGAUGUUUAUGGUGGAGGGUCACUUGUACUCAGGCAACAGAGGAAGACACCAUGGCUUAAAAGAAAACUGGGCAAAAUUUUCUACUUGAGGUUUUCCUGACAUGAUAUCAGAGCUCAAUGGUGUGAAACCAAUGAAAAUGAAGAACUGCCUCAAGCUCUGAAUAGAAUUUGCAACUGAUUAAUGUGUGUGUUGGUGCAUGCUUGUAUUCUCAAUACUUGGGAGGUCAAGGAAAGAAGAUCAAGAGUUAUAGUUCUUGGCUACAGAGCGAGUUCACUCCCAGCCUGUGUUACAUGGGACCUUAAGAACAAAAAAACAAAUAAUUAAAAAUACAAGAAUUUGAGAAUCUAAUGGCUUCACAAACUCUAUAACUGACAAAGGACAAAAAUACAAUUACAUACCUUAAUGCCAUUUGAAUCAAAUAUGCUAUAGGAGUCCUAGUCAUGUAAGUUUUGUAGAAACGUGGAACUUUGUGGAAAUCAUGUUACUGGACAUCACUUCACUCAUAAAAGUGAGCCCACUUGAAUUUAAGCAGUUAGGAGGGCUGUGGAUGUAGUUGAGUGGCAGAGUGCUUGAUCAAUAUAAAUGUUGCCUUUCAUAUAGAUUACCUGUUACCACCUUAAAAGUUUUGUUAUAUUUAUAUGUGCAUACAUUCCAUAUCAUAUAUGUCAGGGUCAGAGGACAAACUCUCCAAAGUUAAUUCCCUCCUACCUGGUGGGUUCUUCAUAUCAAACUUAGGUUGUCAGACUUGGCAGCAAGUGUCUUUAGCCUCCGUCUGAGCCAUCUACUGCCCUUGUAUUUUAUACUCAUUAAUUUUUGUAAAAUAAGCAGUUCUGGAGUUAUUUCAGUCAGUUCAGAAUUCUUUAAUGGGUAAGGACAUUUCUUUGAUCAUUUUAAGUGAAGUUUCCCCAACUUUUCAAUUUGGAGAUAAGGUCUUGCUACAAACACCCUGGUUGAUAUCAAAGUCCUGUUCUUACCUGUGAAUGCUUUGAUUACAUGUAUAUGCUACUGUGCCCAGCAUAAAAUUUUAAGGCUUAAAAAAAAUUAAGAACGAACACUUCUGGAGCUUUUUUUGGCUGCUGUCUGUAUGGUCUAAAUGUUCCAUCACUGUGUUACAAAAACGUUGAACAAAUGAAAGAUUUGAUUUCACAGCACGGUGAAAGGAUGCCAAAUCUGUCAAGAUCCAGAAGAAUGCAGGUCAUGUGAAGUUCAAAGUUCACUGCAGCAGAAACCUAUGCCUUGAUCAUCACAGACAAGCAGAAGUCAGGGAAGCUGAAUCAGAUAAUGAAGGAGCUGAAAUAAAACACACCCUCAUUUGGAUUGUAUUAAAAUCCUACAAUGUAAAAAAUCUGUUCGUAUAACUUGAGUGUUAAUUGGAAGUAAUAAGUUAUUUAAAAAAUUAUUUCAAAUUGUGUUUAGUUGUGUACAAAUAAGCAGGGUGGUCAUCUUCAGUCAGCAUAAACUGGUCUCCAACCUGGGACACUUGUGGUUGACAUAAAUGAAAGUUAAUAGUUAAUACUCAAAUCUAGUGAACAGGCUUGAACCACAUCUCAAAUAUAAUUAUGUUCUAUAUUAUAUAUUUUUUUUAGAAAUCUGAAUUGAGUGCACUCAGAAUAAGUACAGAGAAUUUGUUACAUGUGUAACAAAUACAUUGGGAGACUACUUAAGAGGUAGGGUGCAUGCCCUUUUAUGUUUGUAGUUCUGAUUGCAAUUUCAGACAUAAGUAUUAAGAUGCUGUGGUUGUAUUAGUUAACUUGGUUUUACUGUGGGCAACCAUCUGAUAGAACCAAUUUAAGGCUGUACAUACUUAUUUAUUCAUAUAGUCAAGUUACUUGACCCCCCUGACCAUGAGCAGAUCAUGGUUGUCAGAAGCGCUUUUUAUUUAACUUCUAGAUAGGAAACAGCAAAGAAGUGGCUGAAUAUCAGGUUUAUUCUUUAAUUACGUUUAACAGUGACAUACAUUUAAGAUGAAAAUAGUCCUUCCUGAAGUUUAUAUCACUUCUAAAUCAUUGCCACAAUCUGAGACCCAAGCAUCCAACACAAGCCUUUGUGCAACAUUUCAGAUUCAAAUCAGAAUAUACAGUUUUCAUAUUAAACAACUAUCCCAUUCAUAUUUUGUUAAGUAUAUUCAUGUUCAUAUAGAGUUGUAUGGGUUGUUUUAUAAAACUAUUUCGAUUGAAUAGAAGCACUAUCCACUGCCCCAAGAAGGUGACUGGUAAUGUUUUUACAAUGUUUAACCAACAUAUCAGCAAUUAAUGUUGAAAUGUAGAAAUCUGAUACACAACUGUUUAUAGUUGAUAUCUGAAUUAAAGCACUUUUGGUCAACAA